AUGUCGGGCAACAAGCGUGCGGCUGUCACGGCGACUAACAAGGCGACUACAAAGAAGGCGAAGCAAAUUUCAGCCGCAGCAACGAAGUCAUCAGCACAAGGCAACAAGGCAGCUCGAAAUGUACCCUCCUCUGCCACGACGCCCGACAAGCGAAAACGGACUGCGCCCUCCACGGACGGGCCAGCGAGCAGCAAAACGCAAAAGACAAAAAGCCUCCUUGCUGCUACCUCUGCUGUCUCUUCGAAAAAUGCUACGGUUGUGCCUGCAACCCCAGGCAUGAGGGUGGCUACUUCCGGAGCAUCACUUGAAGCUGUACCAAACACUGCGAGCCAGGACGAGCAUAGUCAGGACGAGCAUGUGGUGCCAAAAGUGCUCUUUCAGCAAGCAAAAGACGGGCGUGGUGCCGCUCCAUCCGGACAGAAAACCCCAAGCAAGUCGAAGGCGCCCAAAAAGGCGAGUCAGCAGCAGCAGCAGCCUACUUUGCCGUUAGAGCCGCACGCUGCCGUUCUGGCGGACUUGCGGCCGCGGCAUGACGUUCUCGUGCUGUCUGUGCUGUCCUCUUCGAAGAUGGAAAAGCGAAUUGCCUCCGUCCUGAGCCACUUGGGCAAGCCAUCCUUGGCAACUCCGCCCACUCCACUAGGUAUUGUCUUGCUACAUGCGCGAUCCGCCGAUUCUGGCAAGCUGUUAUCGGUUGCCGAGAUCGCCAAGCGUCGCAUACGUGAGGGCUUUUACCGAGAGGGUGUGCAGAGCGAGGACCACACGACAGCCCUCGCAUGGUACCAGUAUAAUCGGCUGUAUGACGUUCAGACGGAAGUGAAGGAGGGCCACUCAAACGAAGAGGAGGACGAGAACGAGGACGAGGACGGCUUCCAGCCCAUGCCCCAACAAUUUCGAGCAGCCAUUGGCGAUGCGACUGCAAAGCAGACGGUCACAAAAACGUACAUGUCCAUCAUCCUCUCUCGAGUCGCCCUGCCAGAGCUGCUCAAACAUCCCGAUAUCACAUGUCAGGCAAGCGCCGAUCCGGUCGAGCGAGAAUACCAGAGCUGGAUGAUUCCAGGAGCUUGA